AUGGGUGUGCAGAACCAGACCCCAAUUAAAUAUUUUGUCAUCAAAGGGAUUACGGAUGUUCCCGCACUCCAGGUCUUGGUUUUCCUUUUUGUCCUUUUGAUUUAUCUGAUUACAGUUACUGGUAACAUGUCUAUCCUUCUCCUGAUCUGCCUGGAUACUCACCUUCAUACCCCAAUGUAUUUCUUCUUGGGCAACUUGUCCUUCCUUGAUGUAUUUUGCUUGACAAUCACCCUUCAUAAAAUCCUUCUGUCUUACAUGUCUGGAGACAAAACUGUUUCUUUUGCUAACUGCAUGUCACAAAUGUACAUCUUUUCUUCCUUGACGUGCAGCGAGCUUCUCAUACUGACAGCCAUGAGUUAUGACCGUUACGUUGCCGUCUGCAACCCCUUGCUCUACCACCUCAUCAUGAAUAACAGUGUUUGUGUUCUCUUGGCCAGUGUUUGUUGGGUGCUGGGUUUUGUAGAAGUCAUACCUCACAUGUGGGCCAUAUCUCGAUUCACAUGCUACAAGUCCAGUGAGAUCAAUCAUUACUUCUGUGACAUCUUGCCCAUCAUGAAACUAUCCUGCAGCGACACCACCCUGCUGAAGCUCAUAAUAUUCAUUGAGGGGCUGUUGCUAGUGAGCUUUACUCCUUUCCUCCUUACCUUCAUCUCCUACAUCUUCAUCAUAGCUGCUAUACUAAGGAUUCGUUCAAGCACAGGAAGACGCAAAGCCUUCUACACGUGUUCCUCACACCUCACCGUUGUUAUUAUUCUGUACGUUAGUCUUGUUUGCCAGUAUUUAAGGCCAAGUUCAACUGACACCUUGGACUCCAACAAACUGUUCUCUUUGUUUAAUACGGCUGCUGUCCCCGUCCUCAAUCCAUUUAUUUACAGCUUGAAAAAUAAGGAUGUGAAGGCAGCAGCAAGAAGGCAAUUGAAGUGGUUAAUGCUGUAA